CAGGGAGAAUAACAAGAGCAAGCCUCCUGCCCCAGUAACCAGUACAACUGAGCGGACAGCAGCCUGUAGAGAAACAUGUCUAUGGAAACUUCCACAUUCUAUAUUCUCCUGCUCAUUUUCUCAUCGACAGUGGCCCAGGACUGUUCCCAGCCCUGCGCCUGCUCUGCAGACCCCCCACCCUGCCAGCUGGGGACCAGCCUGGUCCUGGAUGGCUGUGGCUGCUGUAAGGUGUGUGCCAGGCAACUGGGGGAACCCUGCUCCCUGCUGGAGCCCUGCGACCAUCACAAGGAGCUCUACUGUGACUACACUCUGCUGAGUGACACUGAGACUGGCAUCUGCAUGGCUCAGGAGGGUCAGACAUGUGACCUGGGGGGCGUGAUCUACCGCAGUGGGGAGUCCUUCCAGCCCAGCUGUAAGCACCACUGUGUGUGUAUGAACGGAGAGAUCGGCUGUGUGCCGAUGUGUACAAGUGACGUCCGGCCACCCUCCCUUGACUGCCCAUACCCACACCGCAUCCAGAUCCCUGGGAAAUGCUGUGAGGAGUGGGUGUGUGAGGAGUCGCCUCGAGAUCACCACUACCAGUCAGUGAUGGCCGGAGCCUCUCAGUUUCACCCGUUACCCUCUUCAAAUCCUUUCUCAGUCUUCAGGCAAGUGUCUCCUAAUAUACCGCAAGUAGAGAGUCCCAGAGAUAACUGUAUAGUUCAGACUACAGAGUGGAGUGAGUGCUCGGCCACCUGCGAUAUGGCCGUCUCAUCACGCAUUACCAACGACAACCGGCGCUGCCAGCUGGAGAGGCAGACCAGGAUCUGCAUGGUCCGACCCUGCAACAUCCAGCAGGAAAAAGAAAUCAAGAAGGGGAAGAAAUGUGUCCGGACACCAAAGGCCCAGCAGGGGAUGCGCUUCAAGCUGUCGGGCUGCUCAAGCACCAGGCUAUACAAACCAAAGUUCUGUGGUGUCUGCACAGACAGUCGCUGUUGCACGCCACACAUAACCAUCACAGCCGAGGUGGAGUUCCACUGUCCUGAGGGGGAAGUCUUCAUUAAAAAGAUGAUGUUCAUCAAGACCUGCUCCUGUCAUCACGACUGUCCACAAGAUAAUGACAUCUUCCUGGCAUCCAACACUCGGAGGAUGAUUGGAGACUAUGAUAACGAUAUGUGAUGGGAGGGUUAUGCACACACAUUCACAUAUAUAAAUCAGGACUGCACCAUUCAAACACCCAACUCAACCUCAACCCUCACAACUACACGCCUACCCUACAGUGUAAUAUAGCCUUAAAGUAACGGGUCAGUAAUUCAUUACCUUAUUCAGAGAGAUACACUUUUCUAGAUGAAGUUGUUUGUUUUGAGGAAGUCAUCAAACCAACUUUAGAGAUUCAAAGAAAUGUCUUCUUUGCUUUUGUUUAACUUUUGUUAAAUUGGUUAUGGUGCAGCUUUAACAUCCCCAGAUUUUAUGACCAGUAAAGGUACACAUGUGCAAUUUGGUGGACAUAUGCACUGACAAAGAAAUGUAAGGACACAUAUCAGAUUAAACAGUUUGCUUUCUCUCUGCAUCAAAACAUAAUCCCACCAUAGAGCAGUUGCUGGUUAUGUACCCCGGUACCCAGGGUUUGGUGUUAGUACCCCAGAAUCAAAGUAAAGCUCAGGUCAGUUCAACAAUUAUACAGAGAAAUGAAAUUUUGACAUUUUGUUAUACAUUAAUAUGUGUAACAAACCGAUCUAUGCUUGAAAAUCCACUUUAUAAUGUUCCAUAACAUUUCACAUGAUAACAAGUGGUUGUAUAUUGGCAAGAUCAUAACACCUCUGUUCACAAAUGGUGUUUGGCAUCAGUGGAUUGUCGUAGAAAGAACAAGAUGGACAUUCACAUCUGAUGCUAGAGACCAUCUUUGAACAGUGACAUGGGGGUUACUGUAUGGGUGUAAAUAUGUCUUCAUGAGCAGCAGACCAGAAUACAAGGCAGCCAUGUUGUUUAGUAUACUAUUACAUAGGUUUAUAGGACAGAUAGGACAAGCAGACAUGUCUGCAGUUAUAGAUACUCAAA